AAACAGGCCCACAAUGGGCUUCACAGUGCGCCUCGCCACGGCCCCAUCUGACGAGCGGCCAUUCAUCAGGCCGGCUGGCCUAUCAAUGACAUUGCUCCCAUCGGGGCUCCUAUAAAAUGAUGCUUUUUCCCAUGAAACAUCCGCAAACAUUUUGACGGGUUUGGCUUUGCCCGGCUGGAUUACUGAGUGUCCCCUCGCUCGCUCGCUUUUUCUCUCUCCCCCUUCACCGAGCUCGCUCCCUUCUCACCCUCUCUCUCCUCUUUUCUUCUUUCUCUUUUCUUUCCUCUUCUUUUUCUUUUCUUUUCCUUUCCUUCUUUAUCCUUGUGCCCCCUCACACUCUGCGUCUCUCUCUCCCCUUCUCCCUCCCUCACUCCCUUCCUCCCUGGGCAUCUCUAGCACAGGGGAUCCCCAAACAUCAGGACUUUUGGGGGGCGCCUGUGCUGUCCAUGGGAAGAGCAUGCAUUGUGGGUUACUGGAGGAACCCGACAUGGAUUCCACAGAGAGCUGGAUUGAAAGAUGUCUCAACGAAAGUGAAAACAAACGUUAUUCCAGCCACACAUCUCUGGGGAAUGUUUCUAAUGAUGAAAAUGAGGAAAAAGAAAAUAAUAGAGCAUCCAAGCCCCACUCCACUCCUGCUACUCUGCAAUGGCUGGAGGAGAACUAUGAGAUUGCAGAGGGGGUCUGCAUCCCUCGCAGUGCCCUCUAUAUGCAUUACCUGGAUUUCUGCGAGAAGAAUGAUACCCAACCUGUCAAUGCUGCCAGCUUUGGAAAGAUCAUAAGGCAGCAGUUUCCUCAGUUAACCACCAGAAGACUCGGGACCCGAGGACAGUCAAAGUACCAUUACUAUGGCAUUGCAGUGAAAGAAAGCUCCCAAUAUUAUGAUGUGAUGUAUUCCAAGAAAGGAGCCGCCUGGGUGAGUGAGACAGGCAAGAAAGAAGUGAGCAAACAGACAGUGGCAUAUUCACCCCGGUCCAAACUCGGAACGCUGCUGCCAGAAUUUCCCAAUGUCAAAGAUCUAAAUCUGCCAGCCAGCCUGCCUGAGGAGAAGGUUUCUACCUUUAUCAUGAUGUACAGAACACACUGUCAGAGAAUACUGGACACUGUAAUAAGAGCCAACUUUGAUGAGGUUCAAAGUUUCCUUCUGCACUUUUGGCAAGGAAUGCCGCCCCACAUGCUGCCUGUGCUGGGCUCCUCCACAGUGGUGAACAUUGUCGGCGUGUGUGACUCCAUCCUCUACAAAGCUAUCUCCGGGGUGCUGAUGCCCACCGUGCUGCAGGCAUUACCUGACAGCUUAACUCAGGUGAUUCGAAAGUUUGCCAAGCAACUGGAUGAGUGGCUAAAAGUGGCUCUCCACGACCUCCCAGAAAACUUGCGAAACAUCAAGUUCGAAUUGUCGAGAAGGUUCUCCCAAAUUCUGAGACGGCAAACAUCACUAAAUCAUCUCUGCCAGGCAUCUCGAACAGUGAUCCACAGUGCAGACAUCACGUUCCAAAUGCUGGAAGACUGGAGGAAUGUGGACCUAAACAGCAUCACCAAGCAAACCCUUUACACCAUGGAAGACUCUCGCGAUGAACAUCGGAAACUCAUCAUCCAAUUAUAUCAGGAGUUUGACCACCUCUUGGAGGAACAGUCUCCCAUCGAGUCCUACAUUGAGUGGCUGGAUACCAUGGUUGACCACUGUGUUGUGAAGGUGGCUGCCAAGAGACAAGGGUCCUUGAAGAAGGUGGCCCAGCAGUUCCUCUUGAUGUGGUCCUGUUUUGGCACGAGGGUGAUCCGGGAUAUGACCCUGCACAGCGCCCCCAGCUUCGGGUCUUUUCACCUAAUUCACUUAAUGUUUGAUGACUACGUGCUCUACCUGUUAGAAUCUCUGCACUGUCAGGAGCGGGCCAAUGAGCUCAUGCGAGCCAUGAAGGGAGAGGGAAGCACUGCAGAAGUCCGAGAAGAGAUCAUCUUGACAGAGGCUGCAGAGGCUACGGCGCCAACCCCUUCACCAGUGCCAUCGUUUUCUCCAGCAAAAUCUGCCCCAUCUGUGGAAGUGCCACCUCCCUCUUCCCCUGGUAGCAAUCCAUCCCCUGAGUACACUGGCCUCAGCACUACAGCUAGCACCUGGCAGAACCAGAACCCAGAGCAAAGAGACAUGACAGUAGAGAGUAGAAAGUGUGUGGCAGAAAGUGUCUGGGUUCGGAGCCCGACUGAACCACCCACCCACUCCAGGACCUUGGGAGCAAUGCAGUCAUACACGUGGUCUCUCACAUACACAGUGACGACGGCUGCUGGGUCCCCAGCUGAGAACUCCCAACAGCUGCCCUGUAUGAGGAACACUCAUGUGCCUUCUUCCUCCGUCACACACAGGAUACCAGUUUAUCCCCACAGAGAGGAACAUGGAUACACGGGAAGCUAUAACUAUGGGAGCUAUGGCAACCAGCAUCCUCACCCCAUGCAGAGCCAGUAUCCGGCCCUCCCUCAUGACACAGCCAUCUCCGGGCCACUCCACUAUGCCCCUUACCACAGGAGCUCUGCACAGUACCCUUUUAAUAGCCCCACUUCCCGGAUGGAACCUUGUUUGAUGAGCAGUACUCCCAGACUGCAUCCUACCCCAGUCACUCCCCGCUGGCCAGAGGUGCCCUCCGCCAACACGUGCUACACAAGCCCGUCUGUGCAUUCCACGAGGUACGGAAACUCUAGUGACAUGUAUACACCCCUGACAACGCGCAGGAAUUCUGAGUAUGAGCACAUGCAACACUUUCCUGGCUUUGCUUACAUCAACGGAGAGGCCUCUACAGGAUGGGCUAAAUGACUGCUAUCAUAGGCAUCCAUAUUUAAUAUUAAUAAUAAUUAUUAAUAAUAAUAAACCCAACACCCAUCCCCCAGAAGACUUUAUCUCUAUACAUUGUAACUCAUGGGCUAUUCCUAAGUGUCCAUUUUCCUAAUGAACAUGAGGAUGGGAUUCAAUGUGGGAUGAAUAAACUUUAGUUCAGAAACAGGACUUACUAAAAGUCAGCGGGAUUGGGUUUCUGUAGCCAAGCCAGACUUGACUGUUUCUAUAGAGCACUAUCUCGGGCAGGCCAUUCUGUGCCUUUUCCCUCUGUUCCAUGACUUUGCUUUGUGUUGGCAACCACUUCUAGUAAGCUACUGAUUUUCCUGUUGACAAAAUCUCUUUAGUCUUGAAGGAUGGAUACUGGAGACAGAAUCUGGUUUGUGUUCUUGGAUGGGCACAUAAUUUGCCAAGAGCAUUCACCUUGCCAUCUGUCUGUCAUCGUACUGUACAGGGAACAGCCCUCAGACGUGUUCUGCACAUCCCUUCUUCCUGGUGGUAUCAUCACUGCUUCCUGGAGCACCAGGGCUAAAUGGGGAGCUAUCUGGAAACUCUAGAUUUUCUGUCAUAACCCACAUCUGUCACAGUACCUGCAUUGUCUUGGAAUGUAAGCACUGUCUUGAGGGAAGGAAGAGGUCUGUUCUGUAUUGCCUUAAGUUGAUUGAGGUUUGUAGGAGACUGGUUCUUCUACAUACAAGGAUUUGUCUUAAGUUUGCACAAUGGCUAGUGUCAGCAAAAGGCAGGAAGGUUUUUUUUUUUUUAAGUUCUAUGAGAAUGUGGAUUUAUGGCAUUGAGUAUCACACUCAGCUCUGCUGUGUUAACUUUGUGAAACUGGAUGGAACAAACUUUAACUUACCAAGCACCAAGUGUGAAAAUGACUUUCAUGGUUCCUUCAUAAAACUAUAAUAAUAUCCGACACUUUGAUAGAAAAAAAUUCAAAGCUGUGCCUUUGAGCCUAUACUAUACUGUGUAUGUGUGGAAAUAAAAAUGUAUUGUACUUUUGGAGAAUUUUUUUGUAGGCAUUUUUCUGUCAGAUUUGUAGUAAUUUGUGAGGUUUGUUAGAGAUUAAUAUAGGUUUUCUUUCUGUAUUAUAAAAUGCACCAAGCAAUUAUGGUGGACCUAUUACCCUAUGGGUAAGAAAUAAAUGGAAAUACGACAUCGGAUGUUUUAGCAAUUGUUCUGUAAAUAAAAUCUUUGAUCACACCACUCAGUGUGAUAAUUGUGUCUACAGCUAAAAUGGAAAUAGUUUUAUCUGUACAGUUGUGCAAGAUAUGAAUGGUUUCACACUCAAAUAAAAAAUAUUGAAAUGA